AUGAAAGAAUGUUUUAACAGAUAAACCCAAAUCAUAAUGAGAAGAUGUGAUAGUUUAAAGAAUGAAUCAAAAAAUCUCAUGCAAGAAAUACGAUGUAGAUCUUUCAGUUUGGCAUAACAUAAAUGUGGAAACUCAUCAAUGAAGGAAAAUAUAUAGCUUCAUAAUUACUUAGAAACAUAAAUACUCUCAACUGCUAAACUUAACUUUCGAUCUGCAAAAUAUGUAAAAAAGAAUACAGUAUCAUCUUAUUUGUAAAAUCCGGCUUAUUAUAAUAAACUAUUAAGUAGCGUCACCAAAAAAAGAAUGUCAUUGUAAUCCAUUGCUUCUAAACAAUUUACAAUUAAGUAAGAAAAAUCAAUGUGGAAAAUAGUUAAUCAAUCAGAUUUUCAUGGGUUUAAGUGA